AUGACUGCGGAAGGCUUGCGCACGGUCUCUCGGCCGCACGUCCCCUCGUCUUUGGUGGUGGACGAGGGGCCGAUCCUCGUCCCCUCAAGAACUGAUCUUCCUUCUUUCUUCUGUCGUACAUCAAUCUCCCAAUACUACCCUGCCAACGUGCCGUCUACAAUGCAGCUUAUCGAUAAGCCCACCAUCGCCGACCUCCAUCCCGAUCACCCACAUCGCCACCCGCCCAACCUCGGCCGUAUCGUACAGGUGAUCGGUCUCACCUGGGUAGCCAACAGCAAGUAUGACGAUAUCUGGAAACACCCCAUCAACGCCCUCCUCCUCGGCUUCAGAGAAGUGCUCCCGCCAUACUACCUCGCCGAUCCCAGCUCCAAGUCCGACAUAGAGGGACAGCGCGACCUCAGGCCGCGCAAGCGGUACCCAGCCCAUGCCUUCACGAGCGGGUCUGACGUGCUCUCACAGACCUCACCGCUAUUCUGGGCCGUCGUCGCCGAGUUUAAGACCCAGAAGAUUAGCGACACCCGCUACGAGUUCACUUUUGACAUCUGCGUCUUCUGUUGGCGGUAUGGAAGAGACCGGACCAAGUGCGGUGUCCACAAUGUUACUACGUUCGUCGACCUCGCAAUCGACCUCAUUGGGCCUCUGAGCUUCCCGGACGGGAAGGAGAUUGUUUACAAGCCGCUCGAUCUUGACCUGUUCCAGGGCAUCGAGCGGUAUCUCAUGCCUGAAGACAAGUCGACUGGUUUCACCGCUCUUUCGCCACCCACCUCCCUGCCCCGGUUGAUCAAGUCCCCGCCACCUGUCGAAGCGGAGCCGGAACCAGGGCUCGAAGAGCCUGAAGACAACGCCUUCGACCCUCCUCCGGCGAGCACCUCCCCCAGAACUGAGCGGAGGUCGCUAUCGCCCGAUACGGACCCGGAUAGCGGUGACAUCGAAAGACAAAUCAAGCGGCAACGAACUGAUACUCCGACGGGCUCACUUGACGUCCCACUGCGAAGGUCAACAGUCGGACUGGGCAUCAUCGACCUCACUGGCGACGACUCGGACGAGGAGAACGACCCAUCUCAGGGCUUUGCCGGUCAACAAAACUCGGGCUCGCCUCCGGCGGACAACAUCGAGAUGCAACCCAGGCCCGAAUACCCCGCCUUCCCUAGGCCAGCCAAGCCUCAUGCUAAGUACUGGCCUGGCUUUCCCGAGCAUCGACCCGAAGACGAAGAGCACGGAAGGGGGACAGACGCGCGGGACACGGGCAGUAUCGGUUCGACCAGCAUAUCGAGCUCGUCGACGCUCCGCCACGGUCGAGACGAGCGGGAAGACCUCAGUAACACUGCUAGUAUGAUGCGCAACGCAGAGGCAGGACCCUCUUCAGGUUGCUCAUCCGCUUCCAGAGUCGGAUCGUACAAGCCGCAAAGCACCGCUCGGUUCCACUUUAUGCCCGAUGAGCUAUCGAUCCCAGGCAGAUACAAUCGGAAGCCCAAGGCGUCUACAGUGAGCCGCCCGGCAGCUCGACUCGCAAGCCCGCCGGAACUGCCUGGCCCUGCUGUCGCCUCUCGGGCAAACGCGUACGGCUCGAGGCUGCUGCAGCGCCCGUCAUCACCUCCCCGAGAGCUCGACGCCGACCCCAUCGAUAGGCGCAUCGAGGACAUGCUUUUCGGAUCCGCUCGUCCCGUUAACAGAACGGACUGUACGGACAAGGCUCGGCUCUCUCCUGAGACCGCAGCGCCAGCAGUGACAGUGGAAGCUCAGAAUGAGGAGCUGCGGGAGAAGAACAAGACCAUCGCCACCCUGCGCUCCAAAGCCGCCAAAUCCAAGCUGUCCCUCCAACAAUACCGCGCGGCCUCUCGUAUCAAAGACCUCCGUAUCAACGAGCUUCGGACCGCUCCAGAGACAAGGGCCUCCUUGGCAGGACGGCGGGAAUACGACUUUGGCCUACCGAAGCAGCCAGUUUCAGGGCUCGCUUCAGACCAGCAGAAGCGUUGGGAUCAGCUCAACGCGAGGGAGACUAGCAGAGAACAGAGAGUGGCAGUCAUGCAAAGUGAUCAGUAUAUGUCCAAGCUUUGUCUCAUUCCAGCCGACCUCACUGUAUAUGAUCCUGCUCAGACGCUCGAGUGUAAUUGGACUUCAAAUCCAGGGUCCGGAUCCACCAGUCGGGCUCUUUGGCGACUCUCUCUCUGGCAUCCCGGUUAUUACGUUCUCUGCUUGCAACUUAAGCUCUUGACAGGGGACAUCCGCUCCCAAGUGAACUUGUCUCAUCGCUGCGGCCUGCAACGCCACAAUCAUGGCCGCUCCUACUUAGCCGCAGGACGGCCACCCCUGCUAAUUGGCACGCCUCACCUCCUGACUCCGAUCUUUGUCUCGCUAGAAGGUAGCUUGACCUUGUCCAUUGCGGGCAGUGGCCGCUCUGUUCCGCAACUUCUUGGUCGCACGGCAGGCGCCAUUGAGCUGUGUGCCUCAUUCCCACAAACCUGGCCGGGUAACGUCACUUGUGGUCGCGCUGAAGAGGCACCAAACUCUAAGCCUCGCCUAGGCCGAUGGAGCACCUUGUUCCUCUUCCCUUGCGGCACUUGA